AUGGUGUCCCAGCACCAGGCGUACGUCGAGGUGGCGUGGAGCCCCUACAAGGGCAGCGUGGAGGACGGGAAGGGCGCCGAGGAGAUCUUGCUGAAGUCAGACCCCGUGCAGCACCGGCCCAACGAGCCCGGGGCGCGGCAGCAGCACGGGCUCAACAUGACCUUCCAAGAGAACGGCCGCAUGGCGGCCGUCGAGGUGCAGACGCCGGACGCAGGCAUGUGCAGCGAUCUCAUCAUCAGCGUGUACGUGAAGGGCUUCACCUGGAGCGGCGGUUUCGCCAGGUGGAUGUUCCUCAAGACGUCGCUGGGCGACAUGCUGCCCGCCAGCGGCAGCCCCUGGGACGUCCUGCCACGCUGGUACCAGAUGCGCCCCGUGCAGGGCACCGAAGGAUGCUUCGACGCCGGCUGCAUCCACAUGAGCAUCAACUGCGGGCCCAGGGACACGAUGCCGAGGAAGAGGCCGGACCUCGAGCCCAUCAAGACGGCGCGGUAUUCGUUCCGCGCCGUCAUCUCCCAGGCCGUCGACCUGCCAGCCGAGGACCCGGAAGGCAGCUCCGACAGCAUCGUCGUUGUCUUCUUCGGCUCCUCACAGAUGAAGACCAAGGUCUUCCCCUGCUGCACGAACCCCGCCUGGAACCAGGAGCUGGUGGACGAGGACCCCCGGUGGAGCUCCCCGAGGAGGCCCACAGGCGCCCUGACAUCACGGUCAUGGUGA